CCUCCAUCCUUCCCUCUCAGGCACGCAGCUCGCGUGGCAUUGCGUUGCGCGGCCUGCUUCUCUCCGGUCUCCACCGCGCCGCGAUCGACAGCCCGGCCAGCGAGCUCCUCUCCUCCGCCUUCUCCUCUUCUACCGCUCCCGAUCACGCGGCCGCGACAUGGAGGACGACGAGGGGAAGAAGCAGCACCAACGGAUCAUCCCCAACGCCAACGGCCACGUCAUGAUCGUGGUCCCCGACGACGCGCACGCGCACGCGCUGCCCGCCUCCGCCUCCGCUCCUCCUCGUGACGCCGACGGCCCAGACGAGGAGAGCGGGGACGAGGAGGAGCGGACGCCGGCGGGGGCCACGUCCUCGCUGUGGCGAGCAGCGGUGCUGGCGCUCGCGGCGCUGGCGCUGGCGGCGGCGGCCUACGCCUGCCUGUACGCGGGUGGGGACGACGACGCCGGCGCGGCCUGGCGCCUCUUGGAGGCGCGGCGGCAGGAGGACGGCGGCGACGACGAGCACCCGGGCGGCCGCACGUCCUUCCUGCUGCCGCUCUACCCGAAGCCACCACGCCGCGGCGGCGACGACUGGCCGCAGAAUUCCACGUUAUUCCCGCACUCGCUCGCCGGCAACCUCUUCCCGGAAGGGCUAUACUACACCGCUAUCUCUUUGGGCAGUCCUCCAAGGCCUUAUUUUCUUGACGUCGACACUGGGAGCCACACAACAUGGGUCCAGUGCGACGCGCCGCCAUGCGCGAGCUGUGCAAAGGGAGCUCACCCUUUAUAUAGGCCCGCAAGGACGGCGGAUGCACUUCCUGCCAGCGACCCACUUUGUGAAGGAGCCCAGCAUGAGAACCCAAACCAGUGCGACUAUGAGAUCAGCUAUGCCGACGGAAGCUCCUCCAUGGGCGUUUAUGUAAGGGACAGUAUGCAAUUCGUCGGCGAAGAUGGUGAAAGGGAGAAUGCAGACAUUGUGUUUGGGUGCGGGUACGACCAGCAGGGAGUUCUUUUGAACGCACUAGAAACCACCGACGGAGUUCUCGGCCUGACCAACAAGGCACUGAGCCUUCCUACACAGCUAGCCAGCAGAGGUAUCAUUUCCAAUGCGUUCGGCCACUGCAUGUCGACAGAUCCCAGCGGUGCUGGUGGUUACUUGUUUCUUGGCGACGAUUACAUUCCCAGGUGGGGAAUGACUUGGGUCCCUAUCCGCGAUGGUCCAGCAGAUGAUGUACGCAGAGCCCAAGUCAAGCAGAUAAACCAUGGGGAUCAACAGCUCAAUGCGCAAGGGAAGUUGACUCAAGUGGUCUUUGACACUGGGUCCACAUACACAUAUUUCCCAGACGAGGCGCUUACAAGAUUGAUAUCUUCGCUGAAGGAGGCUGCAUCCCCAAGGUUCGUACAAGAUGACUCGGACAAAACACUUCCUUUCUGCAUGAAAUCUGAUUUUCCAGUGAGGUCUGUGGAGGAUGUGAAGCAUUUUUUCAAGCCCUUGAGUCUGCAAUUCGAGAAACGGUUUUUCUUCUCCAGGACCUUCAACAUCCGCCCCGAACAUUACUUGGUCAUCAGUGACAAGGGCAAUGUCUGCCUCGGGGUGCUCAAUGGGACAACGAUCGGUUACGAUUCAGUAGUAAUAGUCGGAGAUGUUUCUCUUCGUGGGAAAUUGGUUGCUUACGACAACGAUAAGAAUGAGGUCGGGUGGGUUGAUUUCGACUGCACCAACCCUCGCAAACGAAGCAGGAUUCCUUCCUUCCUGCGACGAGCGUUGCGCAACCAACUUCUGUAAAUACUGGCUACUGUGAGACUGGCUAUGCUUGUUCUUAUUACAGACGUGCUAUUCCGCGUCUGAAUUCUGAAACUGCCAUGGAACCCUCCUAUAAUCGUCGCUGUAAUCGUGUGGAGGGAUGUAACUACGAGGUAGUAAAAAAGCGGUUACAGGACAGGAAAUAGUGGAAAGGUAGAUAAGCAUAGAUAGUAUAUAGUCAAAAGAGGUCAUGUUUGCUAUGUUGUAGAGAUCUCUCACUUUUUAAGACUAAAGUGGGGAAGCAUAAUCCAUAGCAGUUCAUUUAAAAAAA